AUGGGUGCCACUAGAGCCCUGAAGUUCGUCACUUCCUCAUUUGCUUUAGCCACGCCCACGCCCCUGCCUUUUACCGCGGGUCAACCCGCGUCUCUUUCUUUUCCCCACAUCAUGGCGGACCGGUUCCAUAAGGUUCUGGUAAUCGAUGGCCGAGGCCAUCUCCUCGGUCGCCUCGCCGCUAUUGUGGCCAAGCAAGUGCUGCUCGGCCACAAAGUAGUAGUUGUGAGAUGUGAGGGCAUUAACAUCUCCGGCAACUUCUACCGUAACAAACUGAAGUACUUGGCUUUCCUGCGUAAGAGGAUGAACACGAACCCCUCCCGUGGUCCGUACCACUUCAGAGCUCCCAGCAGGAUCUUCUGGAGGACAGUCAGAGGUAUGCUUCCCCACAAAACCAAGCGUGGUCAGGCUGCUCUGGAGAGGCUGAAGGUGUUUGAUGGCAUUCCUCCUCCUUAUGACAAGAGAAAGCGUGUGGUGGUCCCUGCAGCACUGAAAAUUGUGCGCCUGAAGCCAACUCGCAAGUUUGCCCUGCUGGGUCGCCUGGCUCACGAGGUGGGCUGGAAGUACCAGGCCAUCACGGCCACGCUCGAGGAGCGCCGCAAAGAGAAGGCCAGGAUGCACUACAACAAGAAGAAAGUGCAGAUCAAGCUGUCCAAGCAGGCAGAGAAGAACGUCGAGAGCAAGAUCGCGAAAUACACCGCUGUACUCAAACAGUACGGUGUCCUGGUCUGAGCUGUCCACCCGGCUAAUCUAAUAAAUGUUUAUAGAAACUA